AGGCGGCGGCGCGGAGCAGAGUGACCCCGAGGCAGCGAUACAGUAUUCUAGAUUUGCUGCUUGGAAAAGAAAAAACCAUGGCUUCCAACACAUCAAACCCUGCUAACCAUUUGCCAUACUUCUUUGGUAAUAUCACACGUGAAGAUGCUGAGGAGUAUCUGAUGCAGGGAGGAGCAAGUGAUGGACUAUACUUGCUCCGCCAAAGCCGGAAUUACCUGGGGGGCUUUGCCCUAUCCUUGGCCCAUGGAAGGAAGGUUCACCACUAUACAAUUGAGAGGGAGCUGAGUGGCUCCUAUGCUAUUGCAGGAGGCAAGUCACAUGCCAGUCCUGCAGAACUCAUUAACUAUCACUCCGGGGAAGCAGACGGCCUUAUCUGUCUACUGAGAAAACCUUUCAACCGGCCACCGGGUGUUGAACCAAAAACAGGACCCUUCGAAGAUUUGAAAGAGAACCUCAUCAGAGAGUAUGUCAAGCAGACUUGGAAUUUGCAGGGACAUGCUCUUGAACAAGCUAUCAUUAGUCAGAAGCCUCAGCUGGAGAAGCUGAUUGCCACUACAGCCCAUGAGAAGAUGCCGUGGUUCCAUGGGAGGAUCUCUCGGGAGGAGUCAGAACACCGUAUCCUCAUUGGGUCAAGAAACAAUGGAAAAUUUCUUAUCCGAGAAAGGGACAGUAAUGGUUCCUAUGCCCUGUGCCUACUGAAUGAUGGAAAAGUACUGCACUAUCGUAUUGACAGAGAUAAGACAGGAAAGCUCUCCAUACCAGAUGGAAAAAGAUUUGACACCCUGUGGCAGUUAGUUGAGCAUUAUUCAUACAAACCAGAUGGAUUAUUAAGGGUUCUUACCAUUCCUUGUCCACAGCAUGGCUCAGAAAAUGAUAAUCUUGGUUUUAAUACUCAUCCUUCUUCUGGAACACUUCCUAAGAGUUGGGCAGGAGGUGGAAUUAUCUCAAGACUCAAAUCGUACACCUUCCCAAAGGCUGGCAGCAAAAAGCUUCAGUCAACUAUUGGCCACCCACCAGAAGAAGCGCCUUUUAAUCCAUAUGUGCUGCAGAAGAACAGAGGUCUUACAGGAGCAGAAAGAGGUGAUCAGAGAGAGGCCUUACCCAUGGAUACUGAGGUCUAUGAAAGUCCAUAUGCCGAUCCAGAUGAAAUUAAACCAAAAAAUGUCACUCUUGACAGGAAAUUGUUGACUUUGGAGGAAGGUGAACUUGGCUCUGGCAACUUUGGUACUGUAAAAAAAGGGUUCUAUAAGAUGAAAAAGGGUUCCAAGCCUGUGGCUGUGAAAAUUCUGAAGAACGAGAGUAAUGAUCCAGCCAUUAAGGAUGAGUUACUGAGAGAAGCAAAUGUAAUGCAGCAACUGGAUAACCCAUAUAUUGUCCGAAUGAUAGGUAUAUGUGAAGCUGAGGCCUGGAUGUUAGUAAUGGAAAUGGCUGAACUUGGGCCAUUGAACAAAUUUUUGCAAAAAAAUAGACAUGUCACAGAGAAGAAUAUAACAGAGCUGGUGCAUCAGGUUUCCAUGGGGAUGAAAUACCUGGAGGAGAAUAAUUUUGUUCAUAGGGAUCUGGCUGCAAGAAAUGUGCUCUUAGUCACUCAACAUUAUGCCAAAAUUAGUGACUUUGGACUUUCUAAAGCUCUUAGUGCUGAUGAAAAUUAUUACAAGGCACAAAGUCAUGGAAAAUGGCCAGUCAAAUGGUAUGCUCCAGAAUGCAUGAAUUUCUACAAAUUUUCUAGCAAAAGUGAUGUCUGGAGCUUUGGGGUUUUAAUGUGGGAAGCUUUCUCUUAUGGACAAAAACCAUAUAAGGGAAUGAAAGGUGGUGAAGUUGCUCAGAUGAUUGAAAGAGGGGAACGAAUGGAACGUCCUGAGGUCUGCCCAACGGAAGUCUACAGUCUAAUGCAAUUGUGCUGGACAUACAACGUUGACGACCGGCCAGGAUUUGUUGCAGUCGAGAUGAGAUUACGUAACUACUAUUACGACAUUUCCCACUAACAGCGUGGAGAGCAGCAGCUUCCUCGUCUCCAGCCAACACCCUCUGAGAAGCAACACAUUUUCCAAAACCAAGCAACCUCGAUUUUUGUGCUUUCAUUUUCAGAGCUGAGCCUUGUGUCUGUAAGGUUGCCUUCUCUUACCUUUUACACAAAAUCCAGCCCCAAAAGAGUUUUGGAAGUGUAACAGUCUCAAAGUGCGCAGCAAGGAUGUUGGAUAAGAUGCUUGUACUUUUGCUACAUUCCAUUUCAUUUUAUUUACAGCUUUAUUUGCAUUACAUUUUGCAGUCCUGUAAAACCUAUUUAAUGACUUUGAGCCCUCUUCCUCUCCUAUACUUCAAUGCAGAUUGAAAUUUAAAUUCUUCUCAUCAACAUUAUUAGCCUUUCAAUGUAUUUAGUUGUUGCAGCCUUCCUUUCCUCGAGGAAGAAUAGGAUAAACAUUUCUCACUAUGAAGCAAAUUCACUGUGCCAAGUGUGUCAGAUGCUUUGACUGACAGCGUGUUUGAUUUUAUCACCAAGCCCUUUUAAACCAAAUCACAUUAUUCCUAGCAGUAAAAUAAGCCGAGGGGAAUUGGGAGUUCUGACUUUCUAACAUCAUUGCACCUUUUAAAUGUGACCAUUUUGUUUUGUUCCUCAUCUCUUCUUUUGUUCCUCAGCCCAGAUGUUCCUCAGGGAGUUACUUUUUUCCUAGUGAAAACUGGGAACUCAGAGGCUUGAUCUCAUCUUGGAAGAAAAUAUCCCAGCACCUAAGAUGAUUCUAUAUUUUAACAUAAACUCCAACACUGCAUUCCUGAAAAUACACCUGUGAUGCAGCAGCACUUACCUUUCUCUGUGCUCUUCCAUCCUUCUCUGGACACAUUUUUUCUAUUUGGGUAUACCAUAACUCCUUGUGUUGUGUUUUGAGCAGCAAUCAUUUCUAUCUUUUCUUAAAACCCUUCUUUAAAAAGCAUGUGAGAAUUUCACCACACCUUACCACCUCUAAAGUUAAAUUUCUUGUCUAGUUCAGAUAUUUUAUAAUGGGCAUAUGGACAACAAGAUUACUUUAAAAUGGGCAUAUGGACAACAAGAUUACCAGCUCCAAAAUCUUAGUAUUUGUCCUGUGGGACAAAUCUCAGUGGACAUCUCAGGAAAAGGCAUUUGUCUUGCCACUCUUCUGUAAUGUAGUGUGCAUCUCCAUUAAACUGGAAGUAUAGUAGAGUAAUUACAAAUUAUGCAGUCAAUUUCUGAUUCUGUUUUUACCUUUAUGCUUUACUUUCUCAAACUCAUUUUAAAUAUUAUCAAUAGCAACAUUUCUAUCACUUAUUACUUACAAGCAUCUAUUUUAUUGUCAUUUGCAUAUAUCCCAGGAAUCUACUUACAUUUUGUCUGCUAGAUAUAGAGAUUUUAGAAGAAUAUAAAAAAUAAGAUUUAGAGUUAGAUAUAUUUAUUGCAUAUGGCUGGUUAGAGCACACGUGUUUAGUUUUUGUGUGAACAGAGUAUUCUUAGAGAUAAAGUGGUAUUUUUUUCUCUAAUAAUUAAAUUGUGUGAGCAAUUAAACUGAGAAAGGGUGAAAUAAUUUUCAUAAAAGACAGGAUCUAUAAACAAAUGUAGAAGCUACUGGUAUUUUUUUUUCUUUUUACUAAGUUUAAGGUCUAUUUGUUAAGUAAUAUCUGAUGCCUUUUAGUAGUUUAGUCUUGGCUGUCCAGUGCAAGGCACCACAGGCUACUGGAAGAUACUGAGUGUAAUAGACUGUGUUUCAA